GGAAGCGACGGGAUUCGGAUCCUUGCCCAGAGCUGGGCGGCCGCGGGGCGGCUGCGUGUGGGAGCCAGGCCGGGAUGUUCGUGCUGGUGGAGAUGGUGGACACCGUGCGAAUCCCCCCGUGGCAAUUUGAGAGGAAGCUCAAUGACUCCAUCGCCGAGGAGCUGAACAAGAAAUUGGCCAACAAGGUCGUGUACAACGUGGGACUCUGCAUCUGUCUGUUUGACAUCACCAAGCUGGAGGAUGCGUACGUGUUCCCGGGGGAUGGCGCGUCACACACCAAAGUCCAUUUUCGCUACGUGGUGUUCCGCCCCUUCCUGGACGAGGUUCUGAUUGGGAAGAUUAAAGGCUGCAGCCCAGAGGGUGUGCACGUCUCUCUCGGUUUCUUUGAUGACAUUCUCAUCCCCCCGGAGUCGCUGCAGCAGCCGGCCAAGUUUGACGAAGCAGAGCAGGUGUGGGUGUGGGAGUACGAGACGGAGGAAGGCGCACAUGACCUGUACAUGGACACUGGCGAGGAGAUCCGCUUCCGGGUGGUGGACGAGAGCUUUGUCGACACGUCCCCCACUGGGCCCAGCUCUGCUGAGGCCACGUCUUCCAGUGAGGAGCCGCCCAGGAAGGAGGCGCCAUACACGCUGGCGGGGUCCAUCAGUGAGCCGGGCCUGGGCCUUCUCUCCUGGUGGACCAGCAACUAGCCCUGGGCGUGACUGCAGAUCCUGCCAGUCCAGCAGACCCACCCUACCCUCGGGAAGGAGGUGAAGCUGGCUGGGAAGACACGCAGCAACUGAGGCAGAUGCCAGGAGGAGCUUUCACCGCCCAGAGCUGGAGGUGGGAACGAAGUGCCUGCAGCUUGGCCUCCGCCUUCCUUGCCCUGCUUCUCCAGGAGCUGCCUCCAGUUUCACUGCCCCCAUGGACCUCAGUGACAGCAAAGACUUUUAGUAAACAAUGGACAUAUCA